AUGGCGGCGCCCGGCCGGCAGGUUUCCCGCCUGGGCGCCCCGGCCUGGGCCCGCGCGGCCCGGACGCCGCCCCCGCCCCGAGGACAGCGCAGGGCCGAAGCCGCGCCGCCGCGCCCGCUGGCCACGGCCCCCGGAGGAGCGGGCCCCCGAGAGCGCCGCGCGGCGUGCGCGGGGCCGGACGGCGUGGCCAGCCGCCUCCGGGACUGGGGCUUCCGCGACGCGCACGUGGGCGCCCUGCUGGCCGCGCGGCCCGGGACCCGCCCGCAGCAGCUGCUGGGCGUCGUGUCGGAGCUGCUGCUGCUGGGCCUGCACCCCGAGCCGGCCUGCGGGGCCCUGACCAGGAGCCCCGCUUUGCUGGGGCUGCCCCUCCCGCAGCUGAGGAGGCGCUCCGGCCACCUGCGGAAGCUCGGCCUGGGAGAAGGAAAGCUGAAGAGGGUGCUCUCCUGUUGUCCGGAGGUCCUCUCCAUGCCUCAGCGGGACCUGGACGCGGUCCUGGCUGUUCUGAGGGACAAGUGCCUCUUCAGCGCACAGCAGGUCACGGAGCUGCUGCACAGGUGCCCGCACGUUCUCCGAGCGGACCCCACGGAGCUGGAGUACAAGUUCCAGUAUGCCCACUUCCGGCUGGGGCUGAAGCACGCGGACGUGGUGAAGACCGACGUCCUGCAGUACUCCAUGGCCAAGGUCCGGCAGAGGCACGUGUUCCUGGAGCGCCUGGGGCGGUACCAGACCCCAGAUAAGAAGGGGCAGACGCGGAUCCCCAAUCCCCCGCUCAAGGACAUUCUCAGGGUGUCCGAGGCCGAGUUUCUGGCCAGGACGGCCCACGCGCCCGCCGAGGAGUUUGAGGUCUUUAAGAAGCUCUUGGCUCGGGAGGAGGCCGAAGCGUCUGAGAACCACCUGCUGGGGGACGGGGAUGAGGACGGGGAGGGAGCCCAGGGCUCAAGGGUCUAGGUCAUCUCAGAGUUUUGGGGGCGUGUCUGGACUUCCUUAGGUUGCUUUCAUCCUAAAGCUAGCGUUUUGGUGAGGUCUCGUCUGAGAAGUGGGCAGCGCGCCACGGCAGCCAGACGUGGCGUCCAGUGAGGCCUCCUUGAGCAUUAAAGUUGGGCUUGAAACAUCAAGACGCGGUCUCUGUCCUGCGUGUUGUGAGCAUACCGGGCUGUGGAGAGAGCCCCUCUUGCUCCAGAUGGAUCCACAUCCCUCUGCGAGACGGACUGCGGCGGAGAGGCCCC